CCCGCUACGGCCAGGCGCUGACCUACUGCAUGUACGUGGCGCGCGGCCGGCGCUGCCGGCACGGAGCCCCCCGAUGCCAGUACGCGCACAGCGCCGUGGAGAUGGCCGUGUGGGAGGCUGAGCAGCUGGGGGGGCUCCGGAGGGGGGACCUGCUUCCCCCUCCCAUCCCCAAGGGGGUCAGGCCCCCAGGCGCCCCCACCCAGGGACCAGGGGUCCAGCUGUACUGCCCAGCCUGCCUGGUGACCUGCAGCUCGCAGGAAGCCUUCGAGAACCAUUGCUCCUCCCUGGAGCACUCGCAGAUGGUGGUCCUGGACCACAGUGCGGCCUGGGAGCACCGCAGCCCGCCCAUGGGGCUCUCCACCUUCGAGCUCUGCCCCAGGCCUGACCUCUGCGAGUACGGGGAUGCGUGCACCAAGGCGCACUCGCCGCAGGAGCUGCGGGAGUGGGAGCAGCGUGUGCAGGCCAUGCAGCUGCGGAAGAAGGAGGCCUGUCGGGAGGGGCUGGCGCCGUACCAGGCGCGGCUGCUGGACGAAUACCAGCGCAGCAGCAGCGAGGUCCUGGUGCUGGCCGAGGCAGUGGACGGCGUGUCCGUGACCUGUGACCAGCCCCUGCUCCAUCAGGCCGAGGAGAAGGAGAUCCAUCACACCUGGACCUUCACUGUGCACUCCGAGGAGCUGCUGCGGCACGUGGCCCUGCUGCGGCGGGAGCCAGGGGCGGCGUUCUGGCUGGAGGCACCCAGCCUCCCGCAGGGCCAGCGCUACGCAGAGGGCAGGCGCUUCUGCGUGCCUGGCUGUCCCGCCCAGGCCCGCGUGGGGGUGCGGGUGCAGAGCGAGGCCUUCGGCACCUUCGAGCAAUGGCUGGUCCUGGACUUCGGCCGCCGUCCAGCGCUGCUGCGGAGGCUGGAGCUGCGGCUGGGCCUGGGGUAUGGCCUGGAGGCCCGGGGGCCGCCGGCCCCUGGCCAGUGUGAGGAGCUGGAGCGCUGGCACACCGGCAACCGCCACGUGGUGCCCAGCGUGGAGCGGACAGCCGAGGAGACGGCCCUGAUGGCCAAGUACAAGGCGCCUGCCCUGGCCCUGGACUUCAGCCGUGGCGGCUCGGCCCCAGGGCCCGUCUCCUGCGCCAACUACCGGCAGAGGAUGCACCAGUUCCUGUACGAGGAGGAGGCGGCCCAGCAGCAGCUGGUGGCCAAGCUGAACCUGCGGGGCCCGGUGACCCUGAAGACGGCGCUGCAGACGCCAGCCCUGGGCCUGCGCGUCUCGCCGGCCGGGACACUCUACGCCGAGGUCCCCAUCCCGUCCUGCCUGACGCCAGAUACAGACCAGGGCUUCUUGCUGGGCCGGGCGGUCAGCACAGCCCUGGUCGCCCCAGUGCCGGCGCCCGACCUCACCGUGUUCGAGGCGCGACUGGAGCCCCGGGCCGGCUCGGAGUGCUCCCGCUGGCUGCUGCUGCCUGCCGGCUGCUGUCAGGCCCUGAAGCUGCAGCCCGAGACCAGUCCCGUCCUGGAGGUGCAGUUCCAGGUCGACCCCACGGCCUUCCGCCUCUGGCACCAGGCGGUGGACGCGCUGCCCGAGGAGCGCCUGGUGGUGCCCGACCUGGCGGCCUGCGCCCUGCCCCGUCCCCAGCCCACGCCGCCAGAGCUGCACGGCAACCGCAAGCAGAAGCUGGCCGUGGCCUUCAUCGCGGGCAGCAGCCCGGGGGGCAGGCGGCCAGUGCCCCCUCUGCUCAUCUACGGCCCCUUUGGCACCGGCAAGACCUACACGCUGGCCAUGGCCUCCCUGGAGGUCAUCCGGCAGCCGCACACCAGGGUGCUCAUCUGCACGCACACCAACAGCGCGGCGGACAUCUACAUCCAGGAGCACUUCCACAGCUACGUCAGCAGCGGCCACCCCGAGGCCGCCCCGCUCCGGGUGAUGUACGCAGACCGGCCGCCCAGCCAGACGGACGCGGCCACGCUGCAGUACUGCUGCCUGACGGCCGAUGGCCAGGCCUUCCGCCCGCCCGGCCAGGCCGAGCUGGAGCAGCACCGCAUCGUGGUGACCACCACCUCGCAGGCCCGCGAGCUCCGCGUGCCGCGCGGCUUCUUCUCGCACAUCCUCAUCGACGAGGCAGCCCAGAUGCUGGAGUGCGAGGCGCUGACCCCGCUGCGCUACGCGGCCCCCGGCACCCGCGUGGUGCUGGCUGGCGACCACCUGCAGGUGGCGCCCCGGCUGUUCAGCGCGCCGCGAGCCCAGGCGGCCGCGCACACGCUGCUGCACCGGCUCUUCCGGCACUACCAGCGCCAGGCGCUGCCGGCCGCCCGGGACAGCCGCGUGGUCCUCCACGAGAACUACCGCUGCACCGAGGCCAUCGUGCGCUUCGUGUCGCGCCACUUCUACCUGGCCCAGGGCGAGCCCAUCCGCGCCAGCGGCUGCGUCCCACCCCACCCCCGGCUCUACCCGCUGGCCUUCUGUCACGUGGCCGGCCGCCCCGAGCGCGACCUGUCCAUGACGUCCUGGCUCAACGCGGCCGAGGUGGCCCAGGUGGUGGAGAAGGUGCAGGAGGCCCACGACACCUGGCCCCGCUGCUGGGGCGGCCGCGAGCAGAGGCUCAUCUGCGUCGUGUCCCAGGGCGCCCAGGUGAGCGCGCUGAGGCAGGAGCUGCGGAGGCGGGACCUGGGCCAGGUGUCUGUGGGCAGCUUUGAGAUCCUGCCAGGACGGGAGUUCCGGGUGGUGGUGCUCAGCACGGUGCACACCCGCCGCAGCCUGCAGGGCGCGGGUGCACCCGCCGGGGACUUCUUCACUGACGCCCGCGUGCUCAACACAGUGCUGACCCGCGCGCAGUCGCUGGUGGUAGCCGUGGGCGAUGCCGUGGCUCUCUGCUCCACGGGGCCCUGCAGUAGGCUGUGGAAGAGCUUCAUCCGGGAGUGCGUGGAGCACCACAGCGCCUGCCCCGAGGGGCUGUCCCUGCAGCAGAUCGAGCAGGGUGUGCUGCAGCAGCAGCACUGGCGGCCGGGGGCCCUCCAGACAGAGGGUGCUGUGGCCGCGGUGGCCGAGGACGCUGUCCCGGAGCCGGGGGCCGCGGGGGCCCCCACUGCGGUGCACACGGCUGAGGCUGAGGCUGAGGGGGGCGCCUCCCAGCCCAAGACCGCGGCCUCAGGGGGCACAGCCAUGCUGCAGGCCCAGCCGGUGGCCACGGAGGGCGGAGCGCCCACAGGCCCCGAGGAUGCUGAGGACGCCGAGGACGCCGAGGACUCGGAGUCUGACUUCUGGCCUUCGGAUGGGGAGCUCAAUGCCGACGACGCCAUCCUGCAGGAGCUGCUGGAUGAGAGCCGGAACAUGACGGUGACUGUCCGGGAGGACGGGCUGCUGGACAUGGUGGCCGGUCCUGCGUCCCCGCAGCAGGCCCGCCAGUACGUGAACCUGCCCCCGGCCAAGCUGCGGAGCCUGCUGCGCACGCAGCCCGAGCUGUACCACCGCUGUGUCUUCACGCAGGAGACCUUCGACCGGGCCAGCGCCGUCCCGCUGGAUCCGGCGGGUCCCGGCCCUAUCCAGGUCCGGGGCCGCCGGCACUGCGGGAUGGCCUUCACUGGGGACGAGGUGCUGGUCGAGGUCCUGGGCGGGGCCCCUGGGGACAGGGGCUGUCCGGGGCGGCCACAGGGCCGCGUGGUGGGCGUGCUCCGGCGGCAGCGCCGCGAGCUGGCCUUCGUGUGCCGCAUGGACGAGUGGGACACGCGCAUCAUGACCCCCAUCGACGGCUCCGUCACCAAGAUCUUCGUGGCGGAGCUGAAGGACCCGCAGCAGGUGCCGGUGCACCGCCUGGUGCGGGGCCGCCUGCAGAAGGUGGGCUUUGAGCGGCUCCCCCCCGAGGCCCGGCACCGCCGGCUCUUCCGGGUGCUGGUGGUCCUGUGGCGUGAGCGCUUCUACUACCCGCUGGGCAUCAUCCUGGAGGUGCUGCCCGAGGCCACCACCUGGGAGCACGGCCUGCACAUCCUGGACCUGGAGCAUGGCCUGAAGGCACCCGCCCCAGACCCGGCCUCGGUGGCCAGGGCGGUGCAGAAGCUCCAGGCAGAGCUGGGUCGGGCGCCCGGGGGCAGGGAGGACUGCCGUGGCUUCCUGACCUUCACCGUGGACCCCCAGGGGGCCAGCCAGCUGGACGACGCCCUGAGCGUGCGGGACCUGGGCCCCAGGUACGAGGUGGCCGUGCACAUUGCCGACGUGGCCAGCUUGCUGCCCAGGGACGGGGCUCUGGACCUGGAGGCCCGCAGGCGGGGCCUUGCCUUCUACGCCCCUGACCGGGAGCCGGUGGCCAUGCUGCCAGCCGACCUCAGCCGGGACGCGCUCAGCCUCCUGCCGGGCCAGGACCGCCUGGCCCUCUCCCUCUUCCUCACUGUCGAGAAGGGCAGCGACCAGCUCAGGGGCCAGCGCUUUGCGCCCUCCGUGGUCUGCUCCAACUUCCAGCUGACCUACGAGUCGGCCGAGCAGCUGAUCACGGGGCACCCUGGUGCCGGCCUGGAGCUGCCCACCUGCCUGGACUCUGUGGAGGCCUGUGUGGCUGCCGCCUGCCACCUGGCCAGGGUGCUGCGCCGGCGCCGGCUACAGGGCGGCUGCCACCACGAGCAGCCUGAGGAGGAUGGCACACUGGGCGCCCGCGCCGCCCACAUCAUGGUCAAGGAGUACAUGGUCCAGUUCAACAGCCUGGUGGCAGAGUUCCUGGUGGGCAGCGAGCCCACGCGGACGGUCACCCCACUGCGCUGGCAGCCUGCGCCUGGCGCCCGGCAGCUGGAGGCCCUGGGCGAGAAGCACCGGGCGCUGGUGCCCCUGUCACUGCACCUGCGCCAGCACCUGCAGGGCGGUCCGCCCGGCGCGCAGCUGACCGUCCUGGCCGCCCUCUGGGGGCACGUCCAGCAGGCUGCCCGCACCCAGGACCUGAGCUUGCUGGUGGACCUGCUGACCACGGACGACCUGCACCCGGCACUGGCCUUUGUGGGCCUCGACCUCCGCAGGGCCCUGGGCCGCUCGACCUUUGGCCGGUCCCGCCAGGGUGACCAGCAGCCGGCCCGCCACUACGCGCUGCAGGUGGACUGGUACACCUGGGCGACUUCGCCCAUCCGCAGGUACCUGGAUGUGGUGGUGCAGCGCCUGUUGCUGCUGGCCCUGGGCCGGGGGGGCUGUGCCUACUCGGCCAGCGACAUCGACCGGCUGUGCCAGGAUUUUGGCCGGCAGCACGGCCGCGCUCAGGGCUACCAGCGCCGGACCCACAACCUGCGCCUGGCCGUGCAGCUCCAGGCCCAGCCGCAGGACAAACUGGGCGUGGCGGUGGAUGUGGAGGAGGGUGCCCGCUGCUUCAAGCUGCUCUUCCCUGCCAACCCCGACUCCCUGCCGGACCCCUGCCCUGUCUUCUACCGCUCCCUGCAGCUGGCCGAGCACCCCCACCGCCUGGCUGGCCGCCCGGGCCUGCGGCUCAUGUGGCGGCGCCGCAUCUACUCCGUGGGGGCCGCGGGGCCAGGCCCGCCGCUGCCCGGUGUGCUGCAGGACCCUCACACCCAGCCUGUGGAUGCCGCCCUCUGGCAGCGGCUGCUGGAGCUGGUGGAGGCGGAGCAGUGGCCGCAGGCAGCCGCCCUGGUGCGGGAGCAGGGCGCCCAGGUGCCCCCUCGGCAGGCACCGGGCCAGGUGUGCCGCAGUCCCUGCGGGCACUUCGUGGAGGUGGUGCGGGAGCUGGGUGGCGGGGACGUGCUGCAGGUGCAGCUCGGGGCCUCCCUGCAGCGCGGCUUCCUGGCACCCGCCCUGCAGCUGUGGACCGUGGCGCCCGGCCUCAGCCUCUGCCUGGAGCAUGUGGAGCGGCCCGGGGCCUGCUUCUCGGGCCCGGCGCCCACUGCGGGGCGGGACCGCUUCCGCAGCGUGGACGAGUACACCCGCCUGUGGGGGCCGUUCUGCUCCCUGGAGUCGGCUACCAGCGCGGUGGCCGAGAACGACUCCAUCACGCUGCGGGGCGUCCCCAUCACCUGGGACGCCCCGGGGGCCGGGGCCAAGGCGCCCAGCCGGCUCUGGGGCUCCUUCUUCCUGGAGGCCUCCUUCCUGCAGGAGCACUGCAUCAACAUCAGCUUCGGCCACUGCUACCUCUGCGUCCGGCUGGAGGGGCUGCCGGCCAGGCCCCCGGUGGGGGGCCCUGGGUCGCUCCUGGGCAUCGACCCCCCCACGUACACCUGGGUGGCCCACGGGCUGACCGAGGACGCGGACGAGGCGGAGGGCUGGGCCGACCAGCCCGAGGCGCCCCGGCGGGUGCGCUUCUUCGUGCACCGCACGGCCCCGGAGACGGCCCCGGAGACGGCCCCGGAAGAGGCCCUGCGGCCCGGCGCCCGCUUCACUGUGGAGGUGCUGCCCAAGCAGCUUCCUGACCUCCGCAAGGAGGAAGCCGUGAGGAGGCUGAGGGACGCUUCCCAGCUGGUCAUCAGCAUCGCCCUGGGCCGGCCCAUGCCACUGCCCCGCCCCGCGCCCGGGAGGCGCGCGCCCCCCAGAGGGGUCCCCAGCAGGUUCCUGGAGCUCCCCUCUCUGGACAUCCCCGGAGGCCGCCACAGGCUGAACCCCAGCCAGGUUGGGGCUGUCAGGGAAGCGCUGAAGAGGCCGUUCUCUGUCAUCCAGGGCCCUCCAGGCACGGGGAAGACCGUGGUGGGCCUGCACAUCGUGUUCUGGCUCCAGAGGAGCAACGCGGAGCGCGCGCAGGCGGGCGGCCCCUCCGCCCCGGAGCAGCCCUGCGUCCUGUACUGCGGGCCCUCCAACAAGUCGGUGGACGUCCUGGCAGGACUGCUCCUGAGCCGCGUGGCCGAGCUGAAGCCCCUGCGCGUGUACAGCGAGCAGGCGGAGGCCACUGAGUUCCCGGUGCCUGGCGUGAGCAGCAGGGGCCCGCCCAGGAGGACCCUGCGGGACGGGAGGCCCAACCAGGCCCUCAGGAGCAUCACCUUGCACCACCGGAUCCGGCAGCCCUCCAACCCCUACGCGGCCGACAUCAAGGCCUUUGACACCCGGCUGCAAAGUGGGGAGGUCUUCCCCAAAGAGGACCUCGCGCAGUACAGGAAGGUGAUGGGCAAGGCCAGGAAGUACGAGCUGGAGCGGCACAGCGUGGUCCUGUGCACGUGCUCCUGCGCGGCCUCCGCCAGCCUCAAGAGCCUGGACGUGCGGCAGGUGCUGGUGGAUGAGGCGGGCAUGGCCACAGAGCCCGAGACCCUCAUCCCCCUGGUGAGCUUCCCGCAGGCUGAGAAGGUGGUCCUCCUGGGGGACCACAAGCAGCUGCGGCCGGUCGUCAAGAACGAGCAGCUGCAGAACCUGGGGCUGGACCGGUCUCUCUUCGAGAGGUACCAGAUGGACGCCUACAUGCUGGACACGCAGUACCGCAUGCACGAGGGCCUCUGUGCCUUUCCGUCCAUGGAGUUCUACAAGCAGCAGCUGAAGACCUAUGAGGGGCUGCGGCGUCCGCCCAGCGUCCUGGGCCACGCCAAGCGGGACAGCUGCCCUGUCAUCUUCGGCCACGUGCAGGGCCACGAGCAGAGCCUGCUGGUGUCCACGGACGAAGGGAACGAGAACUCCAAGGCCAACCCGGAGGAGGUGGCGGAGGUGGUCCGCAUAGCCAAGCAGCUGACCCUGGGGAGGACUGUGGAGCCCAAGGACAUCGCCGUCCUCACGCCCUACAACGCGCAGGCGGCCGAAAUCAACAGGGCCCUCUUGCGAGAGGGCGUCGCGGGAGUGACCGUGUGCUCCAUCACCAAGAGCCAGGGCAGCGAAUGGCGAUACGUGCUGGUCAGCACUGUCCGAUCCUGCCCGGAGGGCGAUGUGGACCAGCGGCCCACCAAGGGCUGGCUGAAAAAGUUCCUGGGUUUCGUGGUGGACCCCAACCAAGUGAACGUGGCCAUCACCCGGGCUCAGGAGGGCCUCUGCCUCAUUGGAGACCACCUGCUGCUGCGCUGCUGCCCGCUCUGGCGGCGGCUGCUGGACUUCUGCGAGGCCCGGCAGAGCCUGGUGCCGGCCAACCAGGUGCGGGUUCGGAGGCGGCCCGCUGUGGUUUGCUGAGGAGCCGCCGCCCGCCGGGACAGCGACGGAGCAUCCCCAGCCCCUCGGCCCGCAGACCGCCCGGGCUAGCCGGGCUUGGGUGCUCGCUCUCUGGACGCCCUCCCGGGCCGCGCUGGGCUCCACUGGACCCCGCCUUUCAUGGGUCCAGCCAGAGCCCUUCUCACUGGAAGGCCCAGCCCGAACUCAGGGCGGGCAGCGGGUCUUGGUAUCCGGCCCACUGCCCCGUGCGCCCCCUGGGCGGGGCCGGGCCCACCGGCCUCCCCACCCUCGCCCCGAAUGUGCAAUACCCCGUGGGGCCGCAGA